AUGGCAAAAGCAAUAACAUUGAUGUUCAUUGCAAUGCUAGUGUGUUGCACCAAUAACACACUAGUCUCAGCUUGGAAUGAAGCAGCAGAAGAAGUAAUUCAUGUGGGAGGAAAAGUGAUGUGCCAGGAUUGUAGCCAGGGCUGGAAAGAAUGGGUCAAGGGUUAUAAACCAAUCAAAGGAGCUAAGGUGUCGCUAACUUGUUGGGACAAGAGAAACCGGGCUGUGUAUUAUACAAGCGAUACAACUGAUGUGUUAGGAUUAUACGACAUGAGCGUGGACAAGUUUGUUAAUGGCAAAGAAUUGUAUGUAAAAGGAUGCUAUGUGAGGUUAGUGUCGUCUCCUGAUGAUGUUUGCAACAUUCUCACUGAUUUUGGUGGUGGAAAGUCUGGUUUCAAGCUCAGCAACCCAACGUUGGUUUAUCGGAGUUUGACCAAAUAUGUGGCUGCUACUUUUUAUUAUACUACUCCCAUGUGUGAUAUGCCUGAGACUGAUAAUUCGUAUGGUUCUGAAGCUAAAGAUUCUCAGGGACAAAGACAAGGAGGAUAUUAA